GAUUUGUUCAUGAAUUGGAGAGCGCUAAAACUAGUAAUGGUGAUGGUGCAUUGACGUAGAUAGCCUACAAACGUACGGAUACAAAUCUUGAUAAUAUUGAGUGGAGGGGAUCCUGAUGAUUUUUUCCUCCCCGUUGUAUUAAGGACGUGCUAAAAUAAGGAGGGCAUCAUGACAGCUAAACAAACAAGAGUGAUGGUCCUCAAUGACAUGGAGAAACUCGACAGGACUCUCUUCCGUCUGGACCAAGGGUUUGAGCUCCAAUUUCGUCUGGGUCCCACUCUUCAGGGGAAACAUGUGCGUGUUUACACCAACUACCCCACAGAAGGCGAGCGAUUCGACCGCCAAAAGUUUCAUGCAUUAGACUGGAUUAACCCUACUGCAAGAGAAGAUGAUUCAGACAAGUUCUGCACACUUGACCUCAAGAUUUCAGGCUCAUACCAGUAUUAUUUUGGCCACGGUGGUGAUGAGAAGUCUGGUGGUGGAUAUAUUGUGGUGGACCCAGUGCUCAGGGUAGGAGCAGAUAACCAUGUCUUGCCCCUGGACUGCAUCACUAUUCAGACAUACCUGUCCAAAUGCCUCGGGCCCCUGGAUGAGUGGCCGGACAGGCUAAGGGUUGCCAAAGAGGCGGGGUACAACAUGAUUCACUUUACACCACUGCAGACGCUGGGUGAGUCUCGGUCCUGUUACUCUCUGGCGGAUCAGCUUGAGCUCAACCCAGACUUCUCUCCUCCGGGACAAACGUACACCUGGACAGAUGCUGGCAACCUGGUGGAGAAGCUGAAGAAUGAGUGGAAUAUGCUUUGCAUCACAGAUGUGGUUUAUAAUCAUACAGCUGCUAACAGCAAAUGGAUUAAGAAGCAUCCAGAGUGUGGUUAUAACCUGGUCAACUCUCCUCAUCUAAAACCGGCCUGGGUGCUGGACAGAGCCCUGUGGCACGUCACCUGUGCUAUAGCUGAUGGCAAAUAUGAAGACCGAGGUCUGCCAGCCCUCACCCAGGAUCACCCACACCUCCAUGCCAUUCGUGGAGUUCUCUGGCAGGAGGUGUUUCCCAAGAUCAAACUGUGGGAAUUCUUCCAAGUUAAAAUAGAGUCGCUGGUGGAGCAGUUCAGAGCUUUACUUCAGAGCGGAGCCAAACCAGAUAGCAACAAGACUGAUGGCAAAAAGCAGCUGAAGAUCAUUCAGGACCCUCAGUACAGACGCUUUGGUAACACAGUGGACAUGAACACGGCUCUAGAACUCUUUGUGCCCAAUGGGAACAGUCCCGGUGCCGUUGAAGACUGCUGUAAUUGGCUGAGGAGGAAACUGGAGGAACUCAAUGGGGAGCAGUUUCAUGAAGUAAAGCACCACCAGGAGCAGGCUACUAAUUGCAUUGAUGGAACAGUAAGCUAUGAGAGACUGGCUGACCAUGGACCCAAACUGGGCCCCAUCACCAGGAAACAUCCACUGGUUACCAGAUAUUUUACUUUCCCAUUCGAGGAGACAACUUUGGAGCAAGAUCUAGAGCUGAUUAACCAGCCAGAGAAGUCAUGUCACUUCCUGGCCCACAACGGGUGGGUCAUGGGGGACGAUCCCCUGAGGAACUUUGCUGAGCCAGGCUCCAACGUCUACAUCAGGAGGGAGCUGAUCUGCUGGGGCGACAGCGUUAAACUGCGCUAUGGCAGCGGGCCCGAGGACUGCCCCUACCUGUGGGCCCACAUGCAAAAAUACACCGAAAUCACUGCCAAGCACUUUGUGGGAGUGCGUCUGGACAACUGCCAUUCAACUCCACUGCAUGUGGCUGAGUUUAUGCUGGAUGCCGCCCGCAGACUCAGGCCUGACCUGUACGUGGUGGCUGAGCUCUUCACAGGCAGCGAGGAGCUGGAUAAUGUCUUUGUGACUAGAUUAGGAAUCACUUCACUUAUCAGAGAGGCGAUGAGUGCAGGAGACAGUCAUGAGGAGGGCAGGCUGGUCUAUCGGUAUGGAGGAGAACCAGUUGGAGCUUUUCUUCAACCCAGUCUCAGGCCUCUGGUGCCCAGCAUUGCCCACGCCAUGUUUCUGGAUGUCACGCAUGACAACGAGUGCCCCAUUCAGAUCCGCUCCGUGUAUGAUUCGCUGCCCAGCUCUGCUAUUGUUUCUAUGGCCUGCUGUGCCACUGGCAGCACCAGAGGAUAUGAUGAGUUGGUGCCACACCAGAUCUCAGUGGUAUCCGAGGAGCGUUUCUAUACCAAGUGGAGUUCCCAGGCUAAGCCCUCAUCUGCUAAUGAGGUCAACCUGCAGACUGGAAUUAUUGCUGGAAAGCUGGCUCUCAAUCGGCUACACCAGGAGCUGGCAGCUAAAGGCUUUAGCCAGGUGUUUGUGGACCAGGUGGAUGAGGACAUUGUUGCGGUGACUCGUCAUUGUCCCAGCACACACCAGUCAGUUGUGGCUGUGUGUCGCACUGCGUUCAAGAACCCCAAACACCAUCGCUAUACAGACGAAGUUCCACCAAUGUGCAUUCCAGGUAAGAUAGAGGAGGUGGUGCUGGAGGCGAGGACCAUGGAGAGGCAGGCGGGCAUCUACAAAAAAGAUGAGAGGAGCAUUAAUGGCAUGCCUGAGUACACGGUGGAGAUUAAAGAGCACAUCCAGCUGGCAGACAGUAAGGUGGUCCGUCAGGCUGGAGUGACGUCUCGAGGCCGCAGUGAAUACGUGCAGGAGAUUGUGUUUGAGAAGCUCACACCUGGAAGCGUUAUUGCCUUCAGGGUGAGUCUGGACCCCAAAUCCCAGGAGCUUGUUGGUGUAUUGAGAAACCAUCUCAUUCAGUUCAAUCCGCUGUAUAAAGCUGGAAGCGUUCCUGAUUCAAACACACCUGACAUACUGAAGAGUCCACUGACACAGAUUAUGUCGAAGUUGACUUUGGCCGAUAUGAACCUUCUGCUGUUUCGCUGUGAUUCAGAGGAGAAGGAAGAUGGAGGCGGCUGCUACAACAUCCCCGGCUGGACACCACUUAAAUACGGUGGUCUGCAAGGUCUGUUGUCAGUAAUGGCAGACAUUCGACCUAAAAACGAUCUUGGUCACCCAUUCUGUGACAACCUAAGGCAAGGGGAUUGGAUGAUAGAUUAUGUGAGCAAUAGAUUGGUGUCUCGCGGGGGCUCGCUGGCUGAGGUGGGUCAGUGGUUGCAGGCUAUGUUUGCUUACCUGAAGCACAUUCCCCGCUACCUAAUCCCUUGUUACUUUGAUGCCAUCCUGGUUGGGGCCUUCACCACUGCCCUUGAUGCGACUUUCAGACAGAUGUCAAGUUUUGUGCAGGAUGGCUCAUCUUUUGUCAAGUUGCUGGCUCUGGGAUCAGUCCAGAUGUGUGGUGUUGGACGUUUUCCAGCUCUUCCACCUCUAUCUCCAGCCCUGAGCGAUGUGCCUUACCGGGUCAAUGAAGUCACUAAGGAAAAAGAGCAGUGCUGUGUCUCUAUGGCGGCAGGGUUGCCACAUUUCUCUGCUGGAAUUUUCCGUUGUUGGGGCAGGGAUACCUUCAUUGCUCUGCGAGGACUACUACUGGUCACCGGCCGUCACCUUGAGGCCAGGAACAUCAUCUUGGCCUUUGCUGGCACAUUGAGGCAUGGCUUGAUCCCUAACCUGCUGGGUGAGGGUGUAGGUGCCCGCUUUAAUUGCCGCGAUGCAGUGUGGUGGUGGCUGCAGUGCAUUCAGGACUACUGUACCAUGGUGCCCAAUGGUACUGACAUCCUCCAAUGCCCUGUGUCCCGAAUGUACCCCACUGAUGACUCGAAGCCCCUGACAGCUGGCACUGUGGAUCAGCUACUGUAUGAAAUCAUUCAUGAGGCCAUGGAGCGCCACAUGCAGGGUAUAGAGUUCAGAGAGAGGAAUGCCGGACCACAAAUUGACCGCAACAUGAGAGAUGAAGGUUUCAAUAUAGUGGCCAAGGUGAACCCCAAUACUGGCUUUGUGUAUGGUGGAAAUCGGUUCAACUGUGGGACCUGGAUGGACAAAAUGGGAGAGAGUGAGAGGGCUCGCAACAAAGGGAUACCGGCUACACCCAGAGAUGGAUCAGCGGUGGAAAUUGUGGGUCUGUGCAAAUCUACCUUGCGCUGGCUGGUGGAGCUCCAUAAAAAAGGCCUCUUUCCUUAUAAUACUGUGAAAAUACAGAAAGACGGUAAACAGCUCUCUGUGUCCUAUGAUGAAUGGGAAAUGAAAAUCCAGAAGAACUUUGAGAAGAUGUUCUAUGUGUCCCAUGACCCGAAUGACCCUAACGAGAAGCAUCCUGAGCUGGUCCAUAAGCGUGGCAUUUACAAAGACAGCUAUGGAGCCUCUAGCCCCUGGUGUGAUUACCAGCUCAGACCCAACUUUACCAUCGCCAUGGUGGUGGCUCCAGAGCUGUUUACUGUGGAGCAUGCCUGGAAAGCACUGAACGUGGCAGAAGAGAAGCUGCUCGGGCCACUUGGGAUGAAGACUUUAGACCCAGAUGACAUGGUUUACUGUGGCGUUUAUGACAAUUCGCUGGACAAUGACAACUACAACCUCGCCAAAGGCUUCAACUACCAUCAGGGCCCUGAAUGGCUGUGGCCUAUCGGAUACUUUCUCCGUGCAAAGAUCUACUUUGCGAAGAAGAUGGGCAAAGACACUUAUGACAAAACUGUGUAUUUGGUGAAGAAUGUCCUCUCUCGCCAUAACGUCCACAUGGAAAGAUCAUCCUGGAAGGGUCUUCCGGAGCUCACUAAUGAGAACGGCCAGUACUGUUCCUUCAGCUGUGAAACUCAGGCCUGGUCUCUCGCCGCAGUGCUUGAGGUGCUUCAUGAUCUGUGAACACAAAAAAUCUCAGCCCCUCGUCUUCCACAAGUGUUCCAGUGCAGUUGUUUGUGUGUUCUUUACUUAAACAGGCCUGAGGAAAUAUUAGCACUGAUUCAGCGUAAAGUGCAGCACUUUCCAGCAUUAAUAAGAGACGUCCUCAUCACCAGCUUCUGCUAGACCACUAGUCACUGGGAGUUUGUCCUCCAUGUAGCUAAACUGAGGUACAUGGUCACAUGUUGUUGGAUUAUUCAGGAUAUGUCCAGUAUAAUCCAUAAUUAACCCCUUGUGGUACGUUAAUGUGUAGUGUUUGUCCUACUUCUUUUUACACAAACAUCUUCCACACUGCUGUAAGGAUAACAAACCAUUUUGUUUGCAUGUUAGAAAUGACUGAAUAUUUAGGAGAAUUGAAAACGUAAUAUAUGUCAAAUAAAAUGACUGUUUAAACACAGAA